CUCGAGCAUACCACGGACGGGGUCAGGUCACGUGACUGUCUAAUGAGGUCAAGCCUGUGAACUUAUCAGCUCUCUGCUCACCAGCAAAACUUCAGGUAACAUUGAGCAUCGUGAACAUGGCCAGCUCAAAGAUUUCCCUACUGAAGAAGCUGGGAAUCUCGGCGGCUGUAGGCGGGGUGGCCGUCUUGGGAACACCACUGGUGGUUUCAGCAGCUGGCUUCGGAGCGGCAGGCAUCGCUGCCGGAACCUUGGCUGCCAAGCUAAUGACGCUAACCACGACAUAUGGAGCCGGAGCGUGUGUGGUGGGGUACUCUCCAGUCUAUUGGAGCCGCAGGAACACUUUCAGCUGCCCAAGCCAUCAUCACUUAUGCAAGUUUUUCUGGAGUUACAUUCAAGGCACUGAAUUCAAAGAACCAGAAGGGGAAGAAAGACGAAGGAAAAGAUGACAAGAAAGAGGAACCUAAGCCUUAGUGCUGGAGGCCGUGUUAGCAUUAGUGCACACACUUCAUGACUGAUGCAUUAGCGUACCCUGUUUAGUGGCUGAUUGAUUAAGUUUAGUGCAUGCUUUUCGCUGUUGCUGCACUCAGUUGACCUCACACUGUUGGUUAUUAAUAUAUUCAGCUUUUCCUGCACUUUUUAUCUUCUGUAAAGGUGUAUGAAGUUUAGUCGUCUUUGAGUUUUUGCUGUCUAAUGAAGAGCGCAUGCUUAACUUAAUUAAAGUAUUAAAUGCAUUUAAACACUUUUCGUUAUUUAUUCAUGUAAUAAGUUUUCACUUCUGCUCUUUAUCCGGUGUUGUACAAUCAUAAUAUAUUCUUUUUCUGUGUUAUACUUCUGUUAUUUAGCACCAUUCCCUAACAAAGGCAGACUCAAAACACUUCACACACAUAUAUAUAUAACACCCAUCACAUAUACAUACUAUGGAUGAAACUAUAAUACAUAGACGAUCACCCUGUGGAUAGGGGUCAUGUUCAUGGAAUAUAAUGUUAUAUCUGAUCCUAGAUCCAAACCUUACACACUCGAUCGGUUCUCUGCUGAGGGCUUUGGUCAUCUCAUCCCGGUGGUGGCCUCUUCUAACAGUUCCGCUGAUGUAUUAAUUUGAUUUUUUUUAUUCGCCAUCAAUCCUGCUUUUUUUCACUGAAACAUAUUUACCUUAAUAUGAGACUGAGGUGAAUGUAAUUUACAGGGUGAUAAUAUACCCGAGAUAAAGUCGAUAGAUUCAUAGGAAAUAAUUUCCUAAAGGUUGCAAAUAUGCGAUACAAGGUUUUAAAUGUAUUGUGAAUCAUGAAAGAUUAUAUUUUGCUGCAGAUACAAAACAACAUUAUGACAGAAAUAAAUAAAAAGGAACAGGCUGGUAUUUUCUGUUUUACUAAUUGCAAAAACAUGGUUACGUCAUUGACAGUGUCAUGGGAAUAAACUCUUGCAGAAGCUCAGA